AUGGCAAAGAAGAGUAAGAAGAACCAGCAAAACUACUGGGACGAAGAUUUUGAAGAAGAUUUACCUCAAUCUGAAGAAAUCGGUACUCCUGCCGAAUCUUCAGUCGAUGUAACCACUACUGAAAAUACUCCACAACCAGAUGAAGGUCAAGAAGAAGAUGCCGUCGCAGCUGAUGAUUUCAUGUCUGCUUUAAAGAGUUCUAAAAAGAAGCAAGAAAAGAAAGCUGAAGAAUCUAAACCAUCAAUUUUGAAGUCUAAGAAGGAAAAGGAAAAAGAGAAGAAGGAAAAGGAAAAGCAAAAGAAGAAAGAACAAGCUGCCAGAAAGAGAGCUCAGCAACAAGCCCAAAAGGAACAAAACAAGGAAUUGAAUAAACAAAAUAUUGAAGCUGCUGCUGCGGCAAAGAAAGAAAAGAAUGAUGAUAAAAAGACCACCACUUCUACUAAGAAGCCUGCUAAGAAAAUUCCAGCUGGUUUAGCCGCUUUGAAACGUCAAUUAGAAUUGAAGAAACAAUUAGAAGAGGAAGAAAGAUUAGCCAGAGAAGAAGAAGAAAGAUUAGAAAAAGAAGAAGAAGAAAGAUUAGCUAAGGAAGAAGAAGAAAAAGAGAAAAGCAGGCAAGCAAAGAAAGAAAAGGAAAAGGCUAAACGUGAAAAAUUGAAGGCUGAAGGUAAAUUAUUAACCAAAAAGCAAAAGGAAGAAAAGAAGCUUCUUGAAAGAAGGCGUGCUGCAUUAUUAGCCGCUGGUAACGUCAAAGUUGCUGGUUUAGCUAAGUUAGAAAAUGAUAAUGACGAAGCCGCUGUUCAAAAACCAAAGAAAAUCGUUUAUUCCAAGAAGAAGAAGAGAACCACCCAAGACCAAGGCAAGUCACAAACCGAAACCACUACUGUUAAGAAAGAUUUCACCACUGAAAAGAUUUCAGAUGAUCUUGCCGAUGAAAUAUUAAUCGAUGACUGGGAAAACUUAGAUCUUGGCGAGGAGGAUGAAACAGAAGUUGCCCCAGUACAAGAGGAAACUGCCGAGGAAGGGGAAACUACUAACACUUCUACUGAACCAACACCUGUGCAAAUUUCUGAAGCUGAAAAAGCAGAAGACAAAAUCGAAGAAAUUGUUAGACAAGCUGCACCAGCUCCAACAGCAUCUCCUGCUGUUUCCAACAAGAAGGACCUACGUUCUCCAAUCUGUUGUAUCUUGGGUCAUGUUGAUACCGGUAAAACUAAAUUAUUAGAUAAAAUCAGACAAACCAAUGUUCAAGGUGGUGAAGCAGGUGGUAUUACCCAACAAAUUGGUGCCACUUAUUUCCCAAUUGAUGCUAUUAAACAAAAGACUGAAACUAUGACAAAGUACGAAAAACAAACUUUAGACGUUCCAGGUUUAUUGGUUAUCGAUACCCCAGGUCACGAAUCUUUCUCUAAUUUACGUUCAAGGGGUUCUUCUCUAUGUAACAUCGCCAUUUUGGUUAUUGAUAUUAUGCACGGUCUGGAACAACAAACUAUUGAAUCUAUCAAAUUAUUAAGAGACAGAAAAGCUCCAUUCAUUGUUGCAUUGAAUAAGAUUGAUAGAUUAUACGAUUGGAAGGAAAUCCCAAAUAACAAUUUCAGGGACUCUUAUGCCCAACAAGCAAGAGCUGUCCAAGAUGAAUUCCAAACAAGAUUAAGCAACAUCCAAUUGGCUUUAUCUGAACAAGGUUUGAACUCUGAAUUAUAUUUCAACAACAAGAAUAUGUCUAAAUACGUUUCCAUUGUUCCAACAUCUGCUGUUACCGGUGAAGGUGUACCAGAUUUGUUAUGGUUAUUAUUAGAAUUAACACAAAAGAGAAUGUCAAAACAAUUGAUGUACUUAUCUCAUAUUGAAGCCACCGUUUUGGAAGUUAAGGUUGUUGAAGGUUUCGGUACCACCAUUGAUGUCAUCUUGUCUAAUGGUUACUUGAGAGAAGGUGACAGAAUUGUGCUGUGUGGUAUGAAUGGUCCUAUCGUAACUAACAUCAGAGCUUUAUUGACCCCACAACCGUUACGUGAAUUACGUUUGAAGUCAGAAUAUAUUCAUCACAAAGAAGUCAAGGCUGCUUUAGGUGUUAAAAUCGCUGCUAAUGAUUUAGAGAAGGCUGUUUCCGGUUCUAGAUUACUGGUCGUUGGUCCUGAUGAUGAUGAAGAAGAAAUGAUGGAUGACGUUAUGGAUGAUAUCACUGGUUUAUUAGAUUCCGUUGAUACUUCUGGUAAGGGUGUCGUUGUCCAAGCUUCUACCUUAGGUUCUCUAGAAGCUUUGUUAGAUUUCUUAAAGGAUAUGAAAAUUCCAGUCAUGUCUAUUGGUUUAGGUCCAGUUUACAAGCGUGAUGUUAUGAAAGCAUCAACUAUGUUGGAGAGGGCACCUGAAUUUGCAGUCAUGUUGUGUUUCGAUGUCAAGGUAGAUAAAGAAGCGGAACAAUAUGCAGAACAGGAAGGUAUCAAGAUCUUCAACGCUGAUAUUAUUUAUCAUUUGUUCGAUUCAUUUACUGCUUACCAACAACAAUUAUUGGAACAACGUCGUAAGGAUUUCUUAGACUUUGCUAUUUUCCCAUGUGUUGUACAAACUCUACAAAUCAUCAACAAGCGUGGUCCAAUGAUUAUUGGUGUUGAUGUUCUCGAGGGUACGUUACGUAUUGGCACACCAAUUUGCGCCGUAAGAACCGAUCCAACUACUAAAGAAAGGCAUAUUUUACUAUUGGGUAAAGUAAAUUCAUUGGAAAUUAACCAUCAACCUGUUCAUGAAGUUAAGAAAGGCCAAACUGCCGCAGGUGUAGCUGUACGUCUAGAGGAUCCAUCUCAUCAGCAACCAAUCUGGGGUCGUCAUGUUGAUGAAUCUGAUACAUUAUACUCUAUGAUUUCCAGAAAGUCUAUUGACACCUUAAAGGAUCAAGCAUUCAGAGAUCAAGUCUCUAGAUCAGACUGGCUAUUGAUCAAGAAAUUAAAACCAGUAUUUGGCAUCGAAUGA